UGAACCUAGAAUCUUAAUAUCAUUCAUUAUUAGGUGUGAAAAAUGUAUGAAAUGUCGUAAGGUCUAACUAAAUAUAAACGACCACAUUACCAGUGUACGAUGAUAAGACAGAUAACGAACUAAAAGACUAGACACCGAGUUCUAUCUACGACAAAUACCGAAUUUUCACGAGUCCUAACGAAUUUGAACGAACGAUAGGCAAACCACGCUCUAUUAUAAAACAACGUGAGUAGGAAAUAAGAAGAGAAGGUAAUAAGACGUCGAAGUUAGGAAAACAUUUUACCAGAGGAUAGAUUUAAUGGUAGCGCUAUCCACGUGUUUAUCCAAGGCUGCGGCCUUCAGGGCCGUCAUACUUGGUGCCCCGGCUUCUGGGAAAGGAACCGUUUCUUCAAGAAUUGUUGAACAAUUUAAUGUUAAACAUAUUUCCAGUGGAGACAAAUUACGUUUCCACGUGAGCACCGAUACAGAAUUAGGUAAAGAAGUAAAAAAAUAUUUGGAUGGUGGAAGUUUCGUGCCAGACGAAACGAUGAUAUCCUUAAUCGGGAAAGAAAUUGAAACUGUAGGUGAUUGUAAUUGGUUGUUAGAUGGAUUCCCAAGAACAUUGACUCAAGCGGAAAUGUUACAAAGAAUUCAACCGGUGAAUCUUGUUCUGAACUUGGAUGUACCUACUUCGGUGAUUUUAGAUCGAGUAAAAAAUAGGUGGAUUCAUUUGCCAAGUGGAAGAGUUUAUAAUUUAGGAUUUAACGAUCCUAAAGUACCGGGUAAAGAUGAUGUGACAGGUGAAAAACUUAUUCAAAGACAGGAUGACAAACUGGAGGUUGUUCAUAAACGAUUAAAAGAAUAUUCUAUGAAAACCGAACCAGUAAUCAAUUUUUAUCGUAAACUUGGAAUACUUAAGGAUUUUCGAGGUAACACCACCAAUGAAAUGUGGCCAUCGAUCAAGGAAUGUGUUAAACAAUUUUUAUAAUAUUUCAAAGAAGAAGAAAAAACACGCACGAAAAAAACAAAAACAGUGAACUUUUUAGUGAAAAAAAAAAAAAAAAUGAAUUGACUGAAAUAGCCUAGUUAUAUAGUUAUGUUUAGAACUUAUUUUUUACAUUCAAUACAAAAUAUACGCACAUUUGUAAAUAUUUGUCAAUGUUGUGUAGUACGUGUAUCAUAUUAUACAUAUGCAACGAAUAUUUUCGAUAUCGUAUAUAUCGUUGAUUAUUAUCGAUGUAUAUAUGUAUACAUAUAGAUAUUUGUUUAUUUCUUUUUUUAUUAUCGUUAAUCAUUUGAUAAUAAGCAUAGACUGAAAAACGAGAUAAAUUAGGGUCUCGUGACACGCUUAAUGACAUUGCCAAAUUUGAUUUUAAAUGAACAAUUACAUAUAGUACAAGACAAGUAGUAUUAUCAAUUGCAUUAUUUGUUGUAAUUUUUACUUGUAAAUAAAUUGAUAAUAUAUAAAUAAAUAGCAAGUUGUAUGUGUGUGUGUGCACAUAAUAUCUGUUUAUCUAUACACAUAUAAUAUUUGAUGGUUUUUUUCAUUGCGUAAGCUGUACCUUAGCCACAAUGAUUAACUGUGAAUGAGAUUCGAUAAAAAAAAAAAAAAUGUUUUUGAAGUUACAUAAAAACUUAAGAUUAACAGCGCAACAAACACAAGUACCAUUGAAAAAAAAAUUAUGUAACAAAGUUUAUAUGCCUCGUUCAGUUUUAUUUAUAAUCUUCUUAACAAAUCUUUAAUGAAUAUGUAUAUACUCAACAGUGUAAUAUACAUGUAUAUAAUAUAUAAUAUAUAUGUAUAUAUAUAUAUUUAUAUAUUAUAAAUAUACCAUGCACACAAUUCGCAAUUAUCUCGCGUACAAUUAAUUUAUUUCUCUUUUUCAGCCAUCAUCAUCUUAACAUUAUAAAAAAUCAACAAAUUCUCUUGAUACCACCGUACAUUUUUCCCCCAUAACGUGAGGCUUAAUAAUUUUACUUAAAUCUUAAUAUACCGAAUUGUCGUGAAAUAUGAUGAUACGUGCAAAAUUUUGAUAAAAACU